CGACCGACUACCUAGGCAACUUUCCUUGACAUCGGAGACUGAGUCACUCGUCUGAUAAAAUCGCUGGCAAGGGAACCGGACAAGGCGUCAACCGGAUCACUACCCAACACGAGGCCCCAAAGUGGCCUGAGAACGGACAAUUCGGCCGGUCCGGGUUCCUGUACAUGUCAAGUUGGCUCCUUUCCUUUCCCAAGCAAUAUGAUACAUCACUUUUGUUUCUUUCUGUUAUCUUUUUGCGAAGAAAGGGAGCGCGAACUGUGGAGACAACAAGCGGAUGACUGGCUAGCUUUCUACCGCAGCAUCAGACACCCACAUCGCCGGCGAGAAUGGUUGUUUUUUGUCAUUUUGAGGGGUUUCAAUUUGAGCCUGCUCCUGGCGAGGCGCUUGGGGAGGUUACCAUAGGCCCACGCGCCAAAUGCAGGGAGCAUAAGGGGCAAGAGGCGCGCAGUGCAGGCUCUUGAUGAGGAAGAGGAUCCCAGCGAGCCAUCCUCUCAUGGCGCAACCUACGUGCUAAGAAGGGACUGAGGUGGAUGCACGUCGACCAGUUUAGAGGUCCCGUCUCUCUCCA